UCGGCUACCGGUCACGAGUGUAUGGCAGUUCCCCUCUAUAUAUACCUAGCUAGCCUUGCACACCACUCCUACUGUUUCUUCCCCAACAGCAUCAUGGCGUUACCCUGGUGCAUAUCCACCGUUCUAUACAACAAGUAUCUUACCUGUCCCUUUUACAUGCUGUUCGAUCUAACAAGUCCAGCCCACCAAAGCCUCCAACCCAUCGAGAAUGCCCUUCCGUCUCCGCCCCGCGACAGAAUCCGACCUCCCCCUCCUCGGCACGAUUCACCAAUCCGCCAUCUCCACUUUCGCUCAGAUCCCCGAGCUAGCCGCCGCCGAGUGCAGUCUCCCGCCGCUGCCACUCGCGCUGCUUCAGACCUUUGAGGUCGUGAUCGCAGUCGAGGACAGCGCCGACGGCGGCGCCACAGGGGACCCGGAGGCCGCCGCCGAGCGGAUCAAAGGGUUCGUCGCCCUCAGGCUGCUAGACGGUGUGGCCUUUAUCGCGAUGAUAUGCGUGCGCGCCACGGACCAGAGACAAGGCGUUGGGCGGGAGCUGCUAGCGCAUGCGAUUGCGCAGUCCGAAACUCGUGGUUUCAGGGCGAUUUCCCUCACGACAUUUAGAGACGUGCCGUGGAAUGGGAAGUGGUACCGGCAGAUGGGGUUUGCUGAAAUAGCCGACAAAGAGGUGGAAACGGAACUAGGGCCGGAACACAUGACUAUGCUACGGGGGUCAAGGGAUAAGCACGAGCUCGAUGGAUCGCCUUGGAGAUGGGUGGUUAUGGCUCGGUGGCUUUGAGAUGCAAUUCAUUGCUUUUGCGACGCCCACAAUCUCUCCUUUUCUCGAGUAAUGAAGCUGCAGGCUUCAUUAACCCAGUCCUGCCAUGAUACUCUCGAUGAAGGAUCCCGUCUACGUUGUCCACUAAUCUACUAUGCUUGGGAAAACACUGUCUUGCGGCGUAGGCAGAGGUACCCAACCAAGCCGGGAUUGAUCACAGCAAUGACCACCUCAUGAGACGGCGGAGAAUAGCUCCACCGGCGAGUCAGGCGGUCAGUUGACGAGGGACAGGCCGUGGCGGAUACACGGCCUCGAAUGCGCUCAUAAAGGCGAACAGCAAGUCUUCAC